AAAGCCGAAACGUCCCUCAACUUAGUGCCAAAUAAAGUUGGGGCCCUGCAGCCUCUUCUGAGAUUUACAUUAGCCAGAUUAACUCCCUGCGCGAAACAUCGGCAAGCGGCAUCGUUGAGGGGAAUCAUGGCACCCAUCACCAGCGACGCAGAACGGCCUAAAACAGAGGAGAGACGGACCUACAGCGAUCUCCCACUGCGGACUGGCGACCCGUUCGCCUCGGCCUGGGGCCUGUUUAGCGAUGGCGACGAACUAGGUCGCUUGAAUUUGCUGACAGAGGAUGUCGUGCGGGAUGCCCUUUUGAGCGCUCGCAGCGGCCAGACAAUCAGCUUGAAUCUUUCGCUUGAAGAGCCGCUCGUGCCCAUGAAUCCACAACGAAGGGCAUGUGUGCACACCUAUACCCACAAGGGCUUCUCAAAUGACGACGACAUCGCGCUCAACACCCAAGCCUCGUCGCACUGGGAUGGCCUGCGACAUGUGGGCUACGGCUACCUGAGCCGACUGCCCAGCCAGGAAGCGCAGUACUACGGCGGUGUGCCUCAAGCUGUUCUCAAUGACACGUCAAAACACACCCUCGGCAUUGACCGGGUCGCCCAAAGAGGCGGAAUCGUGGCCAGAGGCAUCCUCCUCGACUAUGCCGUCUGGGCCGACCAGGCAGGUGUGCACUAUUCGCCCUUUGAACGGCACGCCAUUCCAUUGCCCCACCUGCUAGCCUGUGCUCAUCAGCAACGGAUCCAAUUCCGAUGCGGCGAUGUCCUCCUCAUCAGGACUGGGUGGACCAGCGCCUAUCGAGCGCUUUCCGCUCCCGAAAAGGAGGAGCUGGGCCUCCGACGGGGUGAGGAACGGACCCAUGUGGGACUGGAGCAACACGAAUCGACGCUGCGCUGGCUCUUCGACACGGGCUUUUCUGCCGUGGCCAGCGACACCGUGGCGCUAGAAGCCUGGCCCGCGCGACCGAUCAGGCUCGAAAACGGCACACCACCGAGAGCCGAGGUGCAGGUGUGCAUGCAUGAGGUCCUGCUCAGCGGCUGGGGCAUGCUCAUUGGCGAGUCAUGGGACCUGGACAGACUAGCCGAGGCUUGUCACCAGCGCAGGAGCUACGACUUUCUGCUGGUAAGCAUGCCUCUGAGCCUUCCCGGCGGUGUGGCCAGCCCCUCAAAUGCCGUGGCCGUGCUGUAGAGACGGAUUAUGCCGAAUGCCGUCUGUAGCUUUAUUUCUGCGCGCGUUGCUAAAUGAAAGUAAAAAUCCCGCCUCGUUUCGAGAUGCCGUGUGUGCCUGAAUCGUCAGUCUAUCCCCGUCAGCCAUUCCGGGGUAUCAUCUCCAUGUUUCCCGCAUAU